GAUUUAGUUAUUGAAGAAUAUUACCAUAUAAAAUUAAACUACAUUAGUAUAAGCAUUAAAUAUUAGUGAUUUUUAAACUAAUAUAUUUUUGUACAAACACAAGAACCUCAAAAAAUGGUCUGACUAGACGUAGAAUGAGAAUCGGCCAGGAUGAUAGCGACUGGUGGCAAAAUACUGGUGGUGAUAACCGUCCUGCUCAUCGUAACGCUCUGCGUCACGGCUGCGGGAUUAAUGAAAUCAGUCACUAACGCGAAGCGUAGCCCAGACUCAUGCCACCCUCUGGUGAUCGCCCACCGAGGAGCUAGCGGCUACGUGCCCGAACACACACUCGCCGCCUACGGCCUAGCCAUCAUGAUGGGUGCUGACUACGUCGAACCCGACGUCGUCAUGACCAAAGAUGGACACAUGGUGGCUAGGCAUGACAAUGAACUGGGUCUAACUACAGAUGUCAGUCAGCGCUCUGAGUUUGCCGACCGUCAUCGAACUCAAAAUGUAGAUGGAAGUGAAUUGACAGGCUGGUUUACCGAAGACUUUACCCUUGAUGAACUUAAGACAUUGCGAGCUAUUGAACGUAUACCUCAGAACCGACCUGGCAAUGCACGAAUGGAUCGUUCGUUUGACAUUCCUACUGUCCAGGAAAUUAUUGACUUAGUGAAAAGCUUGGAAAUAAGUCAACACCGAACCAUCGGUAUUUAUCCUGAAAUCAAGCACAGCACUCACUUCCAGCGUCUGGGACUAGCAAUGGAAGCACCUCUUGUGCAACUUCUACACAACAAUGGGUAUGAAGGACGUGAUGCUCCUAUAUAUAUCCAAUCAUUUGAAGUUAAUAACUUGAAGGAGCUUAAAAAGAUUACGGACCUCCGGCUUCUUCAGCUUUACAGCAGCGACACAUCUUCUCAACCUUUUGAUCAUGCUACACUAGGUACCAAUCUCACAUAUGGCGCAAUGGCUACAGCAGAAGGACUAAAAGAUGUAGCGUCGUACGCAUAUGCAGUCGGCCCCGACAAGAGUUACAUCAUUCCACGCGACGAAAACGACAACCUUGGUACCCCGACUACGUUCGUGGCUGACGCCCAUGCGGCAGGUUUGAAGGUGCAUCCUUACACGUUUCGUGCUGAAAAUCCUUUUCUGCCAGCUGAGUUUCGUAGCAGCGAACAAUCUGACUCAGCUAUUGGUAACUUUACGGGAGAGGUUAGCGCUUUUCUGGCGGCAGGUAUAGACGGUCUUUUUGCUGACCAGCCUGACAUACCCGUUCGUUUGCGGGGACCAUGUCUUUAAAAGCUAUUUCAUAGAGUAGGAUAUGGAUAAUAAUAUGGACAUGCAAACUUGGUAUUUCACUGUAGGUAAAAGAUCAGGGGGGUACAGCGAUCUCUAUCACUCCAUUAUUGGCAAGGACAAGGAAAUUGACACAAAAGAAAUUAGUAUUAAAAAAAAGAUUGGAAUACUUUCAUUUUGUGUAGAUAUGUAUAUCCCUACUUAAUAUGAUAAAUGCGAAAGUAACUCUGUUUGUUACCACUUCACGCAUAAGCCCCUGAAAGCGACUUACAUGAUGAAAUUUGGAAUGGAAAUACAUAGUUAGGUAUCCGGGGAAGGACAUAGGAUAUAGUCAAUCAUCAUCAUCAUUCCACGCAGAUGAAGUCCUAUAAUAAUAUUUACUUAAAAGUUUAUUCUAAGACGUAAUGUAUUGUAAAUUUAGUUAUUGGUACAGUGGGACAACCAACGUCAAUUUCAAUGACGAUAGCGUACAUUUUGUACAAGUUGUUAAACAAAAGUUUUAUCUUUUGAGGAGUACAAUACAUAUUUAUGUUUUAAUUAGUUGCUCGUGUUAUAGGAUCCACGCGGUAUCUAUACCCCUAUAAAAAAGCCCAGUUGAGUUCCUAGCUUCCUAGUUUCAGAUGCGUCACACAUGUAAGUACGGCAUGUACCUACCUAUGAAAAAAAAUAUAUACAUUCUAUACGGGUCAAACACAUUUUAGAAAAUGGUCACUUCUGUGGACAAUACGGUUAAAUUUAACAACUCUCCCGUUUCUCUUAUUUGACUCUCAACUACUGGAAAAAUGUAUCUCCACCCUAUAAAAGUGAGGGGUAAAAAAAUCGCUUCAGAUUUCCUAAGCUUGCGAUGUCUACAGGAAAGACUCUGAAGAGUCUGUUUUUAUCAUCCAUAUAUAAUGGCAAAUUCUCUCCUUUAUUUAAUUAAUGUUUUAUUUUGUUGUAGUUAAAUGGACAUUGUAUUUCAUGAUUUAUUUAGUGUUAUAAUUCAAAUUCAAAUAAUUUAUUUCAGAAUAUUAUUUAUGCUUCUACUCUAUGUAUUCAAACACAAUUGACAUUGUUUAUGAAUAAAUAUCUUGUAUCUUGUAAGACGCGAACGAGAGCAUACUAUAUAAAAUGUACAUGUUACGGUUAAUUACCUUAGGUAUCUCAAUUUCGGUUGAGCGUAAAUUGUAAGUACCUAGGUAGGAUUAUUAAGAUACACAUUGUUAUAAUUAUGUAGGUACGUAAUUAAACUAAUUAAAGAUGAGUACCUUAAAUUGUAUAUGAAAGUCAUGAAAUUGAAUGAAUGUGUUGAAAGUAUUAAGUAUAAAACAAUCAAAUAAGUUAUUAUUUAAUAGUUAUUUGUUUUACAAGGGGGCAAAGUUGUUGUUUAACCGCUCGUGCUAAUAUUGAUACCCGAGCAAGCGAAAGAUCCCAAAGUUGAACCACGAGCGUAGCGAGUGGUUCGAAAAUGUAAUCUUGAGCGUUGCGAGGGUUUCAAAGCACGAGGGUUAAACAAAAUUUGCCUCCGAGUGAAACACAACAUUUUUCACCACACCAACCCGAAGCAAAUAUUUAAUGUAAAAUAUCAAACCAAAUCAAAUCCAAAUAAAUGUUUUUAAAUAUUUAUCAUCCAAAAUCAUCAUUUAAAAGUCAAUUCUACCAGCAAACAUAAGAAAACAACUCAAAAUUUGCAUUUGAUUACUUUGCCUCACAUGUGAAUAAAAUGCAACUUUGCUAUCAGUUUUUGAAGUGCAAAGUAAGCCUUUCCGAGCUGGUGUGGUGAAAA